AUGACACACGUACCCCGCUCCUUGCAAGGCGCGUACGCGCCGCUGUCUGUGCCGCCGACGAAAGAGCGGCCGCUGCAUGUCGUUCUGGCGUGCACGGGCAGUGUAGCGAGUAUCAAGGUGCCGUUGAUGGCGGAGCGUCUCGUCACGCAGUACGCCCAUGUGCAUGUGUACGUGGUGGCCACGACCUCUUCACGCCACUUUUUUUCGAUGCCACGCUCGGCGUUCACGGUGCAUGAUCUUGCCGAGAUGAAUCGGACGGGUGUGCAGAAGGAUCAGGCCCCACGCGUGCAUGUGUGGACGGACGAGGACGAAUGGCAAGCGUGGCAGCAGAUGGGUGAUCCGGUCCUGCAUAUCGAGUUGCGGCGGUGGGCGGAUCUGGUGCUGAUCGCGCCGUGCAGUGCCAAUACUCUCGCCAAGCUGAGUCAGGGUCUGUGUGACAACGUGCUCACAUCGAUGAUGCGGGCCGUGUCGCCGGCGACGCCCGUUUGGGUGUUUCCCGCGAUGAAUACGCUCAUGUAUUUGCACCCGCUCACGGCGCAGCACAUCAAGACGAUCGAGUCGUUUGGGUACAAAGUCUAUGGGCCGAUAUCCAAGCGUCUUGCAUGCGGUGACAUGGGCGAAGGAGCGAUGUACGAGUGGACGGCGAUUGUCGAAAAAGUGGCCCACACCUUUGCCCUGACGUAA